GCAAUGAAAGAGAAGAUGGAAUCUGCUCCAGCCGAGCCAUCUGGGCCUGUUGCAGAAACAUUCAGAGUUAUUCAGGGGGCCAUGACUGAAGAGAAUGUGAGAAGUACUCAGGGUGUCUUUCAGUUUGAAUUGUCUGGUGAGGGUGGAGGCACGUGGUACAUUGACCUGAAGAACAAGGGUGGGAGCACUGGUUUCGGGAAGCCUCCUGGGACAGCCGAUGUGGUGAUGAGCAUGUCGAGUGCUGACUUUGUGAAAAUGUUCACAGGUGAGGGACAAAGGCCUUUGUCAGACACAGGUACCAGUGCCCAGAAAACCUCCUGCUGAUGGGGGAGGAGACAGGCUCCUCGCUUCCUGAUCUGGGAUGGAGGAGGUUUCGGCUUUUUGUGACUGAGGAGAAAGUGUAGGCCAGAAGGGCUUGCAUUUUUCUGGACUCCUGUGUUCUGUGAACGGGAAGAGAACAAAAGCUUACGCUGCUUUUA